CAUCACAUAGACAGGAUGAAGGAGGGGAGACAGGUGAGCUACCUGUCUCACUCCACCUACCGCAAGAUCAAGAGAGCGCUCAGCUUCCAUCCACGUGUGUUUGGUCAGCGUCUGGAGGAGACGGUGCUGUAUGAGCGGCGUUAUGGGGUGCGUUUGGUUCCGCUAGUGGUGGAGCAGUGUGUGACCUUCAUCCGGGAGCAGGGCCUGCAUGAGGUGGGCUUGUUUCGCCAGCCAGGACAGGCCAGUCUGGUCAAAGAGCUGCAGGAGGCCUUCGAUGCCGGGGAGAGGCCCACCUUUGACAGUAACACAGAUGUUCACACGGUGGCAUCACUGUUGAAGCUCUACCUCAGACAGCUGCCAGAGCCUCUGGUUCCCUACAGCCGGUACCAGGACUACCUGCUCUGUGGCCAGAAGCUGUCGAGUGACCGGAUGCUGGCUUUGGUGGAGUUGCAGAAUCUCCUCCACGAGCUGCCAGUGGCCAACUUCAAUCUGCUCAAGUUCAUCUGCCAGUUUCUGAAUGAGGUCCAGACUUACUCUGCCAGCAAUAAGAUGAGCUGCCAGAAUCUGGCCACUGUGUUUGGACCCAACAUCCUGAGAGCCAAAACUGAAGACCCGCACAGCAUCAUGGGAGGUGCAGCACUGGUUCAGUUACUGAUGUUGGAGCUAAUUAGAGAGCACGGGCCUCUGUUCUCCAGAGCCUCUCCGCUGGGCUCCACCCGUCCUCCUGGACAUUGCAGUGUGUUGCCAAAUGCUGUGAGGCAGCCACAGCUGAGUGUGGCAUCUCCGUGCCUCCGCCAGCUCUCUCUGCCACUCAUUACCGAGUGCUGCCGAGAGCCGGCCCAGCCCGCCGCCGUAGACCAGCACAGGCCUGCACACAGCUGCUUUACCUCUGCUGCUGCCAACUUGGCCUUGUCUGUCACCCAGAGGAGACCUCAAGGCCACCGCUACACCUCCUCUAAUCCAGAGAACUGCUUCUACCCCCUGCCCUCCACCAGCUACCCCCUCCAGAACCAUACCGACAGGCAGAACGUGGACUACCAGUGCCACGCUAGCCGAGGAUCAUCUCCAGCAGCAGCAAAAGCCUUCAUAGCCAUUCUCCAGUCAGAGGACCUGCACCCUGAUGGCUCCAAGCCCAGACCAGUUCCCCUUGAUUGGGCAGAGGACCGACCAGGCCUGGGAGGGGCAGGGGCUCGUUUCUGGAGCUCUGGUGCAGGCGAGAAGCGUGCAGCAGAGGGUGCAGUGACAGAGCCAGCCAGUGGUGGCAGCAGCGAGGCUCAAGAAGACAGUGCUCUGUCUGUGUAUGACAACUUGGACAGCGCAUCUCUGCACCAGAGGAUCGAGGAUGUCACCAGAGGUCAUUUUGAAGGCAAAGGAGAACAUCUUGAAACUUCUGCCGCUGGAAGCCAUCUGGGAACCUCAGAAGAGGGGGUGGAGCCAGAAGAGGCAGGGCAGACAGCCGAAUCCUUCUCUUCCUGGUCCUCCUGUGAGAUACUCCCAUUGGAUGAGAGCAGCUGUCAGGAUGAAGGUGUCACUGUGGGGGGCGGGGUCAGUCCUGUCUUGUCACCGAGAAGAUCGAUAAGGUCUCCGUCCAAUAAGGGAUCAGAGGAUGACAACAAUGACAAUGAUAAUGAUGACAGCAAUGAUGAUGAUGAUGAAGAUGACAUCAGCCACCCUAACUCUCCAGCCUCCUGCUCCGUGACCAGCGACGGCCCUCUCAGUACAGGCAGCUCAGACGUGUUCCUCCCCUCAGGACCUCCAGACCCCCCGGAGCCUGAGCUGGAGGCAGAGCCCAGGGACGCUCACUCCCUCCUGGCUGAGCUCCAGCAGCAGAUGGCCCGGCAGAAAGCUGCAUAUCAGGCCAGGGUGCAAAGGUUGGAGCGCUGUAACGAGGCCCUGAAGGGGCAGGUGGCAGUCCUCAGGGUCAGUCUGGAGCAGCAGAAGCGUUGCCACAGCGUCGCUGAGAUCAAGAUCCGAAACAUGGAGCGAGCCAGAGCCGACGCUGACCGGCGUAAUGCCACGCUGCAGAGGGAGAUGGAGCAGUUCUUCAAGAUGUUUGGAGAGAUCAGUGGAGGAGGAGGAGCAAGGAAAAGAGAGCGCAUCUCACAGACCCUCUGAUAGAGGAGUGGACGGAGAGGUUGAGAGCUCAGUGCUCUGUUGCAAAAAGGCAGUUUGAAUGGUGUUAAGGGGAAAAACACACACUGCGCUUUGUAUAAAUCAAUUGUCCUUCACUGAACACAGUUUGAUGAAGUGGGCGUAUUGUGUGGUUGAGGCCUCCAAAGUUUCCAGAAGGAAACACUCUCUGGUCGGCUUCCUCCAUCCUCACAUGUUGGUCGACAUGCAGUCGACCAUAGCGACUGAUGGAGACUCUACUCUGGGAUAUCUGUGUUGUCCAGUUUUCUACUGCCUUACACAUUUCUGCCACCAAAGUGUGUCUUUCCAGAAGGCCUGUGUGUGUUUGUUCAUGUGUCUAACACACAAGACUCUCCGUUGGGAAAAGCAUUCUGGGCCACUUCUGGCCAUCUUAAAACAGAGUGGUACCUCAAGUCAGAAGAAUGCCAAAAAGAAAAACUUGAUUUCUCAACCACAAGAUUUCUGAGAUUUCAUCUGAGAUUUUAUCUGAUGCAUCACUGUUAAAAUGUUUAUAAUCAUCAAAUUAGACUUAAGUUGAUUUUCUGUGUCAAACACCUGUAUGGUGAAUGUAAACGUAGCACUUACAGUUGCAGAUAACUUGUUACAUAGUUAGCUAAUAUUGCGAAAUGUCUUUGACAUAAAUGAGGAACAGUAUUUUAUAUUGGUUAAAUGAAAAGGGUAUCUUUCAGAUUUUUUUUUUCUUUUUUUUUGUGGAGGUGGACCUCUGGAAUACAUCAAUGUUUCAAUUUUGAUUUAGGAACUGGAAUUUGCAGAUUCUGCCUGUGAAAUGAAUGCAGCAACAUGUUCUUGAGGUUAUUUCACAAAGCAGAUUUGGCAAGUUAACUGGAUAACC